AUGUCGGUGCACAGCCCGGUCAAUCCGGAAAUCGAGAAGUCGUUGGUCGGAUUGUACAACUUUCUGGGUAGUGAUACGCUGCAGCCGAAAAAGACGCUGCACGACAUCGUACCAGGGCACCUUCUCAAUGUCUGCAACGUGAUGCGUCGUCACAGAUCGCAAUCGGCCGAGCCGCUCUUUGCCGGGGACAUGCUCACGGCUUUUGAGUGUGCCCACGAGCUGCUGCAACCCCAUCACCCCGAAUGCCUUCAGUCGAUGCAGCCGCGGAGCGCAGCCAUGGGGGAUAAACAGGAAAUUUGCAAGUACCUGCUCAUGAUGUUUUACGAGAUCACUGUCGGCCAAAAUGAAGAAAGCUUGGGCCCUCUCUUGGCCCGGCUCGACAACAACGUGGAUUGGGGUGUCGACACCCAACUUCUGAAGCAAACUCUCGAGACCAUCGCCGAAAACAUCACAGAGAUGGACGAGCACAAAUGGAUGUCAAUCCUGGCAUGUGAAGAAGACGAGGUCUUGUAUAUCCCGCCUACUCCAACCAUCGCCGCAACGCCACGCUCCUACCCGGUCCUCUCCGCGCAAUUUUCUCAGCUGCGCACUCCCGCAAAGGCCGAUAGCCCUCUCAUGAAGGAUGUGAUCUCGUCACCAAGGCUUCGUGAGCGUCGAUAUGAACGCGAGUUGCAAGAUGUGCGCCGUCGCCUCUAUGAAGUCGAGGACGAGCUGGCGGCCAACGAAAGGAAAGUGAAGAGUCUGCAGACUCGGAACGAAGAAUUGGAAGAUGCCCUGGCCAGAGGAAAGGAUCGUGUGGAAACGCUGUCGCGAGAUGAAGCGCGUCGCACAGAAGCUCUUGCCGACGCAGACAAGGAGAACAAGGAGCUGAAGCGACAACUGGGGCAACUGCAAGCCACCUACGACAACUUGAAGACGAGCCACACCCGCGCCCUACGCGACAUUGAGAAAUACGAAGAGCAGCUAUCCUCCGAUUCUCUAGAGCAGGACGAUUACGCGCAACAGAUCGCCGAGCUCAGACGCCAAGUAAGCGACCUCGAGCAGUCUGAGCAGGAAAUCACGAAGAGCCUGAAUGCCGCGGAGCGGCAGUACAAGGUUGUCAAGACAGAGAACGCCAGCCUGCAACAAUCACUCGCGGAGGUUGAACUGGCGCUCAAGGCAAAGAAGACCGAGUUUACCCAAAAGACUGCCGAAUGGGAGCUGCAACUGCAAACCCUGGAAAUACAAAACGCCCGCCUACAGAACAAACUCGAAGGCCUCGAAAGCACGCGCAAUGAGGAAGCGGAUGCACAUGAGAAGGAGAAGCGCCGCUUUCUGGAACGGCAAACGACUCUUGACGCGCAGCUACGCGAUCUACACGACAAGAACCAACAGGCCGAGGGGCUACGCGCACAACGUGAACGGGAGCAUCGUGAAGAGCUCGCUGUGCAGAUGAAGACGGCAGACUCGUUCCGUGAAAGCGUCAUGCAGCUACAAAAGGACAACAUCGAACUCCAGAACCGCUCGGCCGACCAGCAGCAACUUUUGGACAAGGCAGAGAUGCGCAUCAAGGAAUUGGUCAAGAACGACGAGAAGCUGCAAGCAAGAAACCUGGAGUUCGAAAGGGCCAUCGAGGACCUGAUCAGCUCCCAUGAGGAAAUGGAAAAGGAGAAUCGGAAAUGUAUCCAAGACCAAUCGGCGCAAUUGAAGCUCGUUACCAAAGAACUUGCCGACGCCAGAAAUGAGAACACCGACCUCCGGGCGAGCUUCCAGAGACAACUGGAGCUCGAAAAGCAGAAGGCAGCUGGUAACGUGGAAACGAUCAAGAAACUGGAGGAGGAAAAGGAAGACAAAGAACGCCAGCUUAAAGAUCUCCGGCUGAACUCUGACGAAUACAUCGCCCGGCUGAAAGGCACGCAGAAGGAGGCUAUUCUUCGCGCAGAGGCUGCCGAAAACAAGGUGGCCGUGUUGGAGAGUCAGAUCGAAGAACUGAAAGAGCGUCCGAUUGUCCCCGAUGAAAAUCAACCGCCACAAAGUGCCCGGCGGCUGUCAAUUGCGCCCGGAAGAACCAAACCCAUGGUCAAUGAAGAGGAACCGAGCCGCUACCGUGAGCUGGGACUGCAGCGAGAGGUCCGUUACGGCCAGUCAAGCGUGGGGCGCCUAGCCGAAUUGAGCGCCCGUAACGCCCGUUUGCCCCCGCAUUUGAGGGACUCGCACGUGUUUGAGACGAACUCCUACUCCCCGACGCACACAGAGCAUGACGUUCGGGACGGGCGCUUCAACCCGGAGGAAGUAUUGCCGAAACAUGAU